GAUGGUAUAAUGAUGAAAGGACUUCUUCUUCUUCUUCUUCUUCUUCUUCUUCUGCACUAUCCCUUAAUUAAAAAUUGCAUGCAGACCAGAAGACCAGUCAGAUGAUUUUACAUACCUUCUUCUUCAUUAUGCCACGCUGAAGCAUGCUCUUCUCCCAUCUCGGCUCACUCACAUGGGCUGCGGCGGGUCCAAGGUCGAGGACUUCCCCGCGGUGGUUCUUUGCCGGGAGCGAAAGGCGUUCCUCAAAGCCGCAUCGGAGCAACGCUACGCUCUCGCCGCUGCACACGUGGCGUAUUUCCGUUCGCUGAGAGAAAUCGGCGACGCGCUUCACAAGUUCGCCGAACAAGACCUCACCACCACCACCACCGGUUCCUCCUCUCCGGUUCUCACAUUACCUUCCGAAACCAAAAGCAUCAACAACAAACUCUCAUCCUCUUCCCCUUCCAUUUCUCACGCCGAUUCCCCCAACGGUUCUCACUUACCCCUCUCCUCUGGAUCCGAAUUAAGUUCUCCUUCUCAUUCUUCUUCGCCUCAUAUUCACGAUUCCCCAGAAUCCGACCCGCCUCCUUAUGGAUACUAUCAAAAUUACCAUUACGCCCACUACAUGAAGAGGUCUGUCCCUCGUGGAAAACCCAUGGUCUACGAAGAGCCCGAGAGACACGUGGCAACCAAUGGACAAUGGCCUGAUCCUUCUUACGGCCACGCCAACACCGGUUUCUACGGGUUUCCAGGUGGGGAUUACCCUUAUUACCCUCCUCCUGGACCGUCGUAUUCUCCGCCGCGUCCUCCUCCGGCGCCGCCGUCUCCUCCUCGCGUCUCCACCUGGGACUUCCUCAACUUCUUCGAUAAUUUCGACAAUGGUUACCCGAGUUACCCGCCUCGGUUCGGGUCGAGUGCGAGCAGCCCCGAUUCGAAGGAAGUGAGGGAGAGAGAGGGGAUUCCGGAGUUAGAAGAAGAAACGGAACACGAAAUAAUGAAAGAGAAAGAGAAAGAGGUUCCGUUGAAGAAGGAGAAGAAGAAGGUGGGAGAGCAGAAGGGUUUUGGUGUUGUUGGAGUUAGGGAUUUCGGGGAGGGGCCUUCGAAUACCAAAACGGUGCCGUUGCAGCAGGUGAGUAGCAGCGAGGGGAGUUCCAAGACGGUGAGGUUCCAUGACGGCAGCGAUAAUGGCUCCGUCGAGAAAGAGAUUAAGAGCAGUCCCGACACUGUUGCUUCCGAAGAGCGCGGUGCGAAGAAAGGAGUGAGUUUUGAGAUUGACGAAGCGACCGUUACGACGGUGGACGGUGACUCCUCCGUUUUGAGCAGCGUCACCACUUUGUCCGCACAUGGCACCAGGGAUCUCCUCGAGGUUGUUGAGGAGAUUCAGGGUGAGUUUGUGACGGCGUCGAAUUUUGGAAAAGAGGUUGCGCUGUUGCUUGAGGUUUGCAAACCACCUUAUCGAUCUAGGGUUGCUGCCCUUAGAGUUAUCUUUUCCAGAAUCUUGCAGAUGGUAGCACCUUCCAGGCUACCUUCAGAUCCUCUAUCUAUACAAUUUUCUUCUAGGGAAAUAAAAUUGGCACAAGCAUACUGUGGGGAACCUGGGAAAGAGUUCAAGACAAAUCCAGAAAAUCUUUCAUCCACAUUGGAGAAACUUUAUGCAUGGGAGAAGAAAUUGUAUAAGGAAGUCAAGGAUGAAGAGAGGUUACGAGCUAUUUAUGAGAAAAAGUUCAAGAGACUGAAAACAUUGGAUAAUCUAGGAGCUGAAUCUAGUAAAAUUGAUGCUACUAGGGCAUCAAUAAGGAAGUUGCAAACAAAAAUCAAUAUUUGCAUCAGAACUGCUGAAACUAUAAUGGGAAGAAUACAUAAAUUGAGGGAUAAUGAGUUGCAGCCUCAACUUGCAGCAUUGAUUAAUGGAUUCAUAAGAAUGUGGAAGUUCAUGCUCAAAUGUCACCAGAAACAGUUCCAAGCUAUCAUGGAGAGUAAAAGUCAGUCUCUCAAGAUUAACAUAGGUCUGCAAGGAGAUGAAGGUUUGAAGGCCAUUGUAGAACUUGAAAAGGAGCUUUUGAAUUGGUGCAGUCAGUUCAACAAUUGGGUUAAGACUCAAAAAUCUUAUGUCAAGAAUUUGAACGAGUGGCUCAUAAGGUGCCUUCCUAAUGAACCUGAAGAAACAGCUGAUGGUAUUGCUCCAUUCUCUCCAAGUCGGUUUGAUGCUCCGCCAGUUUUUAUAAUUUGCAAUGAUUGGAAUCAUGCAAUGAAUAGAAUUUCAGAAACUGGAGUGGCAGAGGCCAUGCAUGAAUUUGCUCUAAAACUACAUGAGUUAUGGGAAAGGCAAGAUGAAGUGCAACGGCAGAGAAUCAAAGCAGAGUAUCUUAGAAAGGACUUUGAGAAACAGCUUAGAACUUUGCGCACAGAAAUGGGAGGCUCAGAACAUGAGCAUGAUAAAGUUUCGGGAAAGAUUGCAUUGUCAAAGCUUGCUUCUGAUAGUGGUGUUUCACCACUAGAUGAUCUAAAAGUGGAUUUAGAUUCUAUGAAGAAGAAAUUGCAGGAAGAGAGGGUCAGGCAUAAAGAAGCCAUUAAACUUGUUCGUGAUGCAGCUAAUAAUAGUUUACAAGCUGGUUUAAUUCCUAUUUUUAAGACAUUGGAGAGUUUCACUUCAGAGGUGGUGAAAGCUCAUGAACAAGUCAGGCUUCAAAGUAAUGUUGUUUAUCAACUUCACUGCUGAAGGUGCUGGAUUUUUCAAAUCAAGAUACAGAGAAGCUGCUGAGCAAUAUAGACAACAGGGUUUACGCUUUCUGGUUGGAGAUGCUAAGUCUACUAAAGGUUCUUUCCAGUAUUUUGGAGUGAAGGAAGGCCAAGUACCUCUAAUUAUCGUACAACGUAAUGAUGGGAAGAAAUUUCUUAAACCCAAUUUGGAACCUGAUCACAUUUCAACUUGGUUGAAGGCAUGCAAGUUCUGCUGGAGUUUUAUUCUCCCUGGUGUGGUUCUUGCAUAGAGUUGGCUCCAAUAUUGGCGGAAGUUGUCAUAUCAAAGUGAUGCUGAUGUUAUUAUUGCAAAACUGGAUGGAAUUGCAAACUAUAUCCCAAGAGAAACCUUUGAAUUCAUAAGUUAUCCAACUGUGUACUUCACGUCAGCAAGUGGAAAGAUAUCACAAUACGAUGGCAAUAGGACUAAGGAAGACAUCAUAGAAUUCAUUGAAAAGAACCGCGACAAACCUGCUCAACAAGAACAAGGAAAAAAUGAGCUUUGAAAAGGUAGCUAACUGUCUGUAGAUCAUUUGUUGCCCAUUUUCAUUGGAAUUAGGGGAGCUCAUGACAAUUGGAUUCUAUACCGUUUGGGUUUUGGUUUGGUAAAAACAAAACUGGUUUUGAUUUUUUAAAAUCUGGUUAUAUAACCGGUUAUAACCAAAGCCCCAGUUAAUAUAAUUGGUUAUAGCCAAAACCGGUUAUAAAAUUUAUUUUAAAAAUAACAUUCUAACUUUAUACUUUAAUUAAUAACCAAUUUUGUCCUUUAAACAAAUAUAUAGUUUUCUUUUUUUAACCCUGUUAUUCGGAUAGAAUAGCGUAACAGCUUACAACACACUGUACUCAAUCUUACUCUAAUUUUAGGAGAACUGAUGAGUACAUCAAAGAUGUAUUACUAUUGAUAGUAAGGGUAGUUUGAUUACUAUUCAUUAACAUCACAAGGCAUUUCACGUCAAUAAGUUUAUUUUUGAUGAUUUUAUUAAGGGUCAUAUCAAGUUUUUUAUAGUGUAAAUUCAGAAAACAUGUAAUGAUUCAACAAAUAAAUUAUUAAUUUUUUAAA